UAAUAUGCAGAAUUUGACUUACAAACAUACAAAUUUUUAUUAGUGGUAUCUGAACUUUGAAUGUUAUUUCAAUUAUGUAUCUAAAAUUCAUUUUCUAUAAAAAAACACUCGCAUUUUACAAAAUAUUUACUCCCUAUUAAGUGCAUCUCUUUCUUUGCUCUGAAAUAAUAGUCUUCGUCUCAUCAUUUCCAAUCACAAAAUUCUAUUUUUUUUAUAUUAUGUAUCGAAUCAAAUAUGGACUACACUACUCUUGUACCAAAUUAAUUGAUCUAGUUUCUUUUUAAUUUAUCUCAAAAUAAUUUUUUUAUUUCCUUAUUAACCCAAUAAAGUAAAUAAUAUAUUUUCCACAAUCUUUUACCAUUUUCUAAAUAAAUUUCGACUACUUACUUUUUAUUUUUUUAAAAUAUUUGGUACAAAAACUUUGGUGUGGAUGUGGGCUAUUUGAUGAUGGUCCGUGGUCGUGUUUUUACUAAUGGGCCAUCUCGUUAUGGCAGGCCCAACAACAGUUCCUGCGGAGGAGGUGACUGGAAGAGCAGAUGCUUGCAGAUCCUGAAACUGGCCGUACAGUUAGACGUUGAGUUUGUUGAAGUCCCACUCCAAGCGGUUUCUGAUACGGCGAUGAAUGAGCUGAUGAGCGUUCGAUCAAACAGCAAGAUAAUCGUCUCCACCUACGUCAACGGCGGCGGACCGCCGCCCACGGCGGAGAAACUCGGGAACCUCAUUAUACACCUGCAGUCCACCGGCGCCGACAUUAUCAAACUCUUGAUUGAUGUUGCUUAUAUCACCGACGUUGCCCCCCUUUUCCAUAUGCUUACCCACUGUCAGGUACCUCUAAUUGCUAGGGCAGUGGGGGAUAGAGGACUUAUUAGCCAAUUACUCGGCCCCAAAUACGGUGCUUUCUUUGUUUGUGGAUCCUUGAAUGGCAAAUGUACCCCUGGCCUGCCCCCUCUCAACAGCAUUAAGCAUGUUUAUCAGCUUGAACAUAUGAAUGCAGACACAAGAAUCUUCGGUGUUGUCUCUAAUCCCGUGGGACAUAGUAAAGGACCUCUCCUACAUAACCCUGCCUUUAGGUACACUGGAUAUAAUGGAAUAUACGUGCCGUUGCUUGUCGAUAACAUUAAGGAAUUCUUUAGGGUCUAUUCCUGCACAGACUUUGCCGGUUUCAGUAUUGGAAUCCCACACAAGGAAGCUGCAGUAGGUUGCUGUGAUGAAGUGGAUCCCCUUGCUAAGUCCAUAGGUGCAGUAAAUACAAUCAUACGGAGGCCUAUUGACGGGAAACUCAUUGGUUAUAAUACCGAUUGUGAGGCUGGCAUAACUGCUAUUGAAGGUGCACUUAGAGAGAGGCAAAUGACAAAUGGUCAUGCAUCACAUGCUUCUCCAAUGGCUGGGAAAUUGUUUGUGCUGGUUGGAGCUGGGGGCGCAGGGCGAGCUAUGGCUUUUGGUGCCAAAAGCCGAGGAGCAAGGGUUGUGAUCUUCAACCGCAACUAUGAGAGAGCGAAAGCGCUUGCCAAAGCAGUGUCUGGUGAAGCACUGCCAUACGAGCAACUUAACGAGUUUGACAGAGAAAAAGGAAUGAUAUUAGCAAAUGCUUCAGCCAUUGGGAUGCAGCCGAGGACUGAUGAAACCCCGGUUUGCAAGGAGGCAUUGAAAUCGUACGAUCUGGUAUUUGACGCGGUCUACACGCCGAGAAACACACGUCUGUUGCAAGAGGCUGCAGAGGUCGGGACGGUGGUGGUGAGUGGAGUUGAGAUGUUCGUCAGGCAGGCUCUCGGCCAGUUUAGGUUGUUCACUAAUGGGUUAGCACCAGAGGACUUCAUGCGCAAGGUUGUCUUGGAACAAUUUUGAUUGCCAUCGCACGAGCACAAGAAAGGCACCAUCUUUUUUUGCCACAGAAGAUCAUCAUCAGCUAUCAGUUUG